AUGGUCCUGGAAACCCAACAGGUGUGUCGAAUCUGUGGUGACUUGGAUGGCCUACUAGCGGUUGGAACACUACUAGUGACUGGACUAGAUAGUCUACAAUAUGGCUACGAGGGAAUGGCCACUGGCCAGUCGAGGUGGAAAUGGGUGGAUCCCUGGUUCUUGGAAACCUGUGUUGGAAAUCUGGCAAGCACUCAUAUCCGUGCUCUCAGUCUGCUUCUACGGCACAGAUUCUUUGUGGCUACCUAUAAAAGAGCCAGCUUGCCUGAGCUUGAUGGGUUGGCCAGAGUCUCCCACUGCAUUUCCCCAGCCGUCUACACAGUCAGGCUAUACUGUGUACCCAACGAUAUCGAAGGGGCCCGGUUUGUCAAGCUGUGGAGAAGCCGACUCGCCCUGGACACCCGCUUGAAACGAAUCUAUAGACUGAAUUGGCUGGUUUUGCGUGAGGUGGUGGACUUUACUGCCGAAUCAUGGCAUGGUCAACUGCGGCACAGACGUGCCAUUGUGCCAUUGACAGGCAGAAGCACCAAGCCUGUGAGCCAGCACGAGGCAUUUCACAUCCAAAGGUGGUUGGAUGGUCAAUUCUGCGGCACACCUUCUUUAGGGCUGCAACCUUUGUUGGAAACAGUGGUCAAGAGAGUGUACGAUGGCAUCACGCCUCCUGACCUCACAAGCUAUAAAGAUGACAAGUUUGUUCCCCCAUGUGAAAUUCCUUCUUCUGAGGAAACGAUAAAGGGCCUUGUCAAUUGCUACUACAGAGAUCAAUUUCCCAUUAGGGGAGUAGUAUCCACCUUGUAUCCCUUCCAGCUCAAUUCAGUGUGCAAGAUGUACGAGAAGGAGCUGCUACGGCAAAGGGAAGUUGUUCCCAAUUAUAGAAAAGUGGUGUCUCCACGUGGAGAUACUUACUUCGUUGACAUCUUCGAUAUGGACUUCCACAAGUUACCCGACACAUUCCUUCUCCCUAGGGGUGGUAUCCUAGCGGAGAAUAUGGGUCUCGGAAAAACACUCAUUUGCCUUUCCUUGAUAUGUUUAACGAAGCACCAAUUCUCAACUAUUCCCGAAGAUGCAAUUCUUCACGACGAUCAAGGCUUGGACGGCACCGUAAAUGAACGCCCUAUUGAUCUUUCUCAUGGGAUGAACUUCAGUGUCAAAGACGAUUUAGCUCGUGUGGGUAAUCUUGUUUCGAGCUUCUUCAAGAUCGAGCCUUAUUACAGCCAACCUCGGCUUUGGGGCUCCAUUCUCGUUCGCAAUUUGACGGCUGCAAAUUUUAGUACGGAAAGCAGUUUAAGACACCUAUUGAACGUGCUUUUGGUCCGUCACGGACUUUCGGAUGUGGAGAAGGAUUUGAAAUUGCCUCAGCUUCAUCACGAAGCUGUCUUCAUAGAUCCAUCUUAUCAAAAUAAGCUUGCAAUUAAUCUAUUCACUGCCGUUCUUGCCGUUAACGCCGUGUCCUCUGAACGUGAGGGUUCUGAUUAUAUGUUUGAAGCUUCCAAUCACCAACAGCUAAGAAAGUUAGUGAACAAUCUCCAGUUAGCGACCUUUUACUGGACUGGUUUCAAACAGCAAGAUGUGGAAACUUUAUGCAAAAUUGCCGACCACUGUCUUAAAAAGAAGACAGCAGCUGGUGAUCAUUAUCACUCCUCCUUCGAUAGAGAGCUUCUCCAGAAAUCUAUGGAGGCCUCAUUGGAAGCUUUGCACAAUCAAAGAUGGCGUACAGCCGCUGCUCUUCACGAAAUGCUAUACUAUGUUGAGGGUGUCCCAUCACAAUUUGUUAAUCACUUUGGUAUGGUCUUAGGGGAGUCAACUUCACUUUUUGGUGCACCACACCUUGCUGCCUUGCAGAACUUCUACUACAAGAAUAGGUUUCUAGACAUAACAGAUAAGGAGAAGGUCGAAACGAGAUUGAGGGAGAUAUCCGGGCCGUUUUGGGAACGCUAUUGGUUGGAAGCUGAGCAGAAAGAGGAUAAAUCUCGUAAACGUCACACAGGCUCCUCAGAAGCCGAAGCCAUUUCGCAUUCAAACUUGAUUGACUCCAAAAUCGAUUCGGAAGCUGAAAUACUGAGAAGCAAACAAAAUGUUGCAAGAGCUCGAGAUGUGAGGUCGCUGCUAACGGCCAAUGGGUAUUCUGAAAGAGUGUGCAAUAUCAAAGAAGCUUCAAUCGCUGGAACGGCAUCAUCAAAGCUUUCUUACCUCGCUACACGUUUAGUGGAAAACCAAAGGUCUGGACUCAAAUCCAUUGUGUUCUUCGAGUAUGAGGACUCCGCAUACUACCUAUCUGAGUUUCUCGAUAUCAUCGGAGUAGAGUAUAUUUUAUAUGCUACAUUCAUUGGGGCUAGUCAACGGUCGAACAAUCUCACAGACUUCGAUCGCCAUGAUGCUGAUCUCGAUGGUGGUAUUGUAUUAAUCAUGGACCUUCGCCUUGCAGCACAUGGUUUGACCGUCAUCUCAGCGACACGAGUAUAUUUUAUAUCCCCAGUUUGGCACAGGUCUAAGGAGGCUCAAGCAAUAAAGCGUGCUCAUAGAAUUGGGCAAACUCAAGAGGUCUUCGUCGAAACUCUUGUUUUGCGUGGCACCCUAGAGGAGGAAAUCUAUAAGCGCAGAGCUCAAGUCGAUAGUGAAAGUUCAAGCCAUGAAAUGAUAGAUGACAAAGACAUGCAGAAAUUUAUCUUGAAGCAUGACUUUUUGCUGACCAAGACCCAUGAGAUGGAGCACGCUCCAUUCUCUAUUCCUGCUCAUGAUGAGCACACCAGACUUCGUUUCGUUGACGAACCGGAUGAAGUCUCUCUCAAAUCACACAUCAUGACAGUUUCCAACCGCAAUGGCAUUACUCAUCACGACUGGACCAUGAGGCUCUUUACUCAAGAUAACCUAGAUAAGCUCAACAGUAUGAAGCAACAGAAGCCGACUAAAGCUCAAUCGAACAAAGAGCUUCUCACCUAA